CGUGGAAGUAAAAUCUAUUGCAUCAGUUUGAACACAUGUAGACUGGAUGUGAGACCUGAUGUGGCUUUCAGCUCGUCAUGUUACAUAUCUUAAAGCUCUACGGUGGUCAGACGGAAGCAUACGGGACUUCCUGGUAAAUGAAGUUAAGUACGGUGCUGCACCUGUUGUGUCUUGUACUAACGCCAAACUCCAUUCAAAUUACUACUCGUUCCUUGCCUCGAUUAUUAUCGUAUAUCUGAGGCCAAAGAGGGUUAGAUUACUUUAUUUUCUUAACCGUGUGGUUCUACUUUAAUUCGGCCCAUUGUCUGAACAAAAUAACUCGUUUUCCUGAUAAUGUUAAUUAGCUAUCGGGCAGCGGUAAGCUAACCUGGGUCGAUUUGACUGCGCUGCUUGGAUAUCACGUGGACUCCGAACGGAUCGGCGCCACCUAACGCGCUCACAGUGAGGAAAAGUGACACCCCCGGCUGUGCUUGCUUGUGUUGCUCUGACAGGAAGUGGCUCUACUGACAGGAGAGAAGAUCCUCCGUCCCCGUCACUGACGGACAGACAGUUCGUCACAUCUUCAGCCCUCACCCUGCUGACUGCUUCCUGUCUGCUGACUGCUUCCUGUCUGCCGACUGCUUCCUGUCAGCUGACUGCUCUGUCAGCAGGAGAGCAGAAGAAGGAGAAGAAGAUUUUCUGCCUUCAACUAUUCGUCCAUAUUAAAUUCGUGACGAGGGACUCGGGCUGAACGCCAUGUUCAGUGUCAGAUAGAUUGGUGUGUUCGUUCUGUUAAACCCUCGGCGGGCGGGAGAGCGGCUGACAGAGAGGCGGAGAGAUCAUUGAGGUUCCCUUGGUGGCCAUGUUGGGGCCUCGGCUCGCACCUGUCACCUCUGCCGCCGCGCCGCCAUCUUACAUCAGCGCUUGAAGUUUGUGAGCUGAAACAAACCUGAAACUGAAGCUGCGUGUUUCCCAUGAAGGCCUCGGUUUCUUGAUUCUUUUUCUACGCUUGUUAUUUGUGUGUAAAGCGAGUUAGCGUUUGCUCUGAGACCGUUGGCCCAUCAUGGCGGCGUCCAGCUCGGAGCCGGCAGCAGAUCUGCUGAUCGAAUGCAGCAAAGAGGAACCGUCUCCUCCCUCGGAAAGCGUCUCCAAAGAACUCAUCGUAACAGUGAUGAGAGAGGGGCCGGGCCCCGCGCCGCGGUCGGACGUCGUAUCCGAGGUCCCGAGCAGUAACGGCGCCGCGGACGGUCCUCUUCCUGCCAGAGUCCUGGAGGAGGAGGCCACGCCCACGCCACCGGAGUCAUCGUCGCUGUCAUCUGAAAACGGGACGGUAACCGCCAUCACCACAGAAGAAGAAUCUCUGUCGGUUCUGCUCGGACACAUUAAGACCGAAGGGGGGCAGGACAGAGGAGGAGAGCCAGGUCUGGACCUGGACCUGGACGAGAGCUCCUCUGUGGCGACGGCGGGCGGCUCAGAUGACCAGCGGGAGUCCACAGACUCUGCGUCCUUCUCCAUUCCCAGCCUGGAGCUGUCGGACGGGGUCGCGGCCGCAGGAAACUCCCUGGACGUGGAGGACGGCCUGUCCUCGUCCUUCUCUGCUCUGGGUGCGGAGGCCGGCUCUCCGUCCGCUGAGGUCCCCAGUCUGAAGGACGGCGAGACACCGACAGCUGCUGGGGGCGCUGUGGCCGCAGCCGCUCCUCCCGCCGCCUCCACGGCUGCUGCUGCGGUUUCGGAGGCCGGGCCGUCCAUGCCGGCGUAUUACCUGGUGAAGUGGAUCACCUGGAAGGAGAAGAAGACUCCCAUCAUCACUCAGAGCGAGAACGGACCCUGCCCCCUGCUGGCCAUCAUGAACACGCUCUUUCUGCGCUGGAAGGCUAAACUUCCUGCUCAGACUGAAGUGGUCACCACUGAGGAUCUGAUGGCUCACCUGGGUGAGUGUGUGUUGUCUGUCACACCCAGAGAGAAGGCUGAUGGGAUGGAGCUCAACUUCCAACAGAAUAUGAGUGAUGCCAUGGCGGUGCUCCCUAAACUGUCCACAGGUCUGGAUGUGAAUGUGCGUUUCACCGGCGUGACGGACUUUGAAUACACACCAGAGUGUAUCGUCUUUGACCUGCUGGACAUCCCGCUGUACCACGGCUGGCUGGUCGACCCACAGAGUCCAGAGAUGGUGGCGUCUGUUGGGAAACUGAGUUACAACCAGCUGGUGGAGAAAAUCAUCGACUACAAACACUCUGCUGACAGCAGCCGAGUCAGUGAAGGUCUGGUAGCAGAGCAGUUCCUGGAGUCGACGGCGACCCAGCUGUCGUAUCACGGUCUGUGUGAACUCAACACGACGGCCAAAGAGGGAGAGAUCUCAGUGUUCUUCAGGAACAACCACUUCAGUACCAUGAUCAAACACAAGGGUCACCUGUACCUGUUGGUGACAGAUCAGGGCUUCCUGCAGGAGGAGGGUUUGGUCUGGGAGUCUCUUCAUAACGUCGAAGGGGACGGAAACUUCUGCGACUCGGACUUCAGACUGUGUCAUCCUCCGCAGAGAGCUCCGCCCCCCGCCGCCCUGCCGCCCACCGCCCAGGAGCAGCAGAGACAGAUCGACCAGGACUACCUGGUGGCGGUGUCCCUGCAGCAGCAGCAGGGCGGGGCCCCGGGGCCCCUCAGCGACCUGGAGCUGGCCCGACAGCUCCAACAGGAGGAAUACCAGCAGCAGCAGCAGCAGCAGCAGCAGCAGCAGGGACCAGUGCAGGCGGCGCAGCAGGUCAGGGGUCAGGGGUCACAGCAGGGUGGAGCCAGGAGAAGAGACAAGGACUCGGACUGUGUCGUCCUAUAGACUCUUCUUCAUCAUCUUCAUCAUCCACUACAAGCACCAAACCCCGAGUCCAGUCUGUCUGCAGCGGGGAGGUCGCACGCACGCGCACACACACACGCACACACGCACACACGCGCACACGCGCACACACGCACACACACACACACACUUGAUGCCAAACCCCAGUGCUUUGUUAAACAGUUUGUGAUUCCAGGUUUUGGAAAGUUUUGUAUGAAAUGUUUGGAGAAACGCAGCGAGCUCAGUCUCAUGAGGCUGCAUCUGGGCCUCACAGGCUGGAACAGCGAUCAAUCAACAAUUCACUGACGCUUCAUUGAUCAGCUUUAAACCACCAGUAAGAAAAACUCCAGGUUAGAUUUGACUGUUGUGACUAAAGAAACAGAUCAUCAUCAUCGUCACUAAAGUUUCAGAUGAGCUCUUUAAGCUCGUUAAGUUCAGUUAGCAUCUCGUCUUCAGUUCUGAAUGUUCAGACGUGGAUCUGCAGCUCCUCUCCAGAGGUCAGAGGUCAGCCGUCUGAUCUGUGAAGCGCGUGUGAUUCGUUGAUCGUUAACGAAGCCGUUCGUUACUCGUCAGGUUCUGUGAGACGAGAAACCGAUGGAUUCAUCUCAUGUUUCUGUUACUGGGACCAGUUUCACCAGCAGAGGUCACUGGUUUCAAAGACGUCUCCACUCGACCUCGUCUGAUCCUUUCCGAUCAUCGACUUCACUGACACUGAACUAAACUUUAAACCAGGAGGAGUAGGAGCAGGAUUAAAGUCCAGAACAUCAGCUCCACCUCUUUAUUUUCCCAGCAGGCUUUGAGGUAAUGAAGUCCAGUCAAGGCGAUGAAGAUGAUGUAUGUUCAUGGUGAUGUAAAUGUGUUCAUUAGAGCGGACUCUGAAGCGUCUUCAUCCUGACACCAAAAUGACUUUUUUUUUCUAAACUUUUGCUAAAAGUGAAACUUUUUCUAUGAAACAAACAUGAAAAUGUGCCGAACACCCGAACGAUGCGUUCACUGCCAGCUGUCAGCCAGCGGCAGCUUUCAUUCACGUCUUCUGAUCUGUCUGAGCUCAGUUUCUUCCCUGUAUGGAAGCCCGAACCUGCCGGGAAAACGAUCAAAGUAAACGACAAAGAUAAAACACAUCCGUCGAAUUUAUGAGGUCAAAAUUAUUCUAAUGAUCCAAAGUCAUGAAAACUAAAAAAAAAUCAUUCCAGUUAUUAGACAAAUGAUUUACAGACAAAAUUAUAGAUAAUCGUAGGAUGGACACGAGAUAAUUAGUCAAAUUAGGACUUUUUAUCUGAUAUUUAUAACUUAAUGCCUCAAAAUGUUGAACUGGAAGGUCAAGAAUGAUUUUAUCACAAGUCACCGACUAAUAUCACACCAGUGAUAAUAAACAUCAUUAUUAUGAGGCACAAAGUCAGAUACACAAUAACAAGCUGCACACACACACACACACACACACACACACACACACACACACACACACUCACACACUCUCUCUCUCUCUCUCUGUGCCUCAGAAUGAUGACUAAAAAUGUCUUAAUCUACUUUUCUAAAACCUUUUCGAACGUGUCGAGUAGUUUUGUCUUUUCCGGGCGUUGGCGAGCUUCCGUAGCUUUAAAUGAAAGCGGCGGCAGUAAAAACCUUCCUGCUGCUGGGAGUUAAAAACGAGCUGAAACUUAAAGCACAUUUUGGGCUGAAACCACGCUGUGACUCUGCUGACGGACAGGUGAGGGGUCACCUGCUCACACCUGGUUCAGGUUUGAGACGACUUCCUUUAAGCCACGUUGAAUAAAACUGUUUGUUAAUGUCUUAAACUGAGUAAUUCAAGCGUUCUCUAAUCAGAAGCUGUUCCUGAAGAACAUUCAGCUCUUAAAAACUUUCCCAUCAUGCCCCUCUGCGUGUGGGGGCGUCGCCGGUACUUCCUGUUGUCGUCCGGUGUUUUUAAAAGUUCUUUUCUUUGGUGUGUUUGCUGACAGCCGAGUCUCUGUUCAAGCUUUGUAUUUAAUUUGUCAUGAUGUCGAAUUAUCAGUAAAAACAAGGAAACUCUC